AUGGAGCAAAGCAGAAUGAGCAGCGGUAUUCACCGAAAACGUUUGGCCUGUGUCGAAUGCACACGCCGUAAAGUGAAGUGCGACAAGAUUCUCCCAUGUCGUAACUGCACGAGAAAAGGGUCACGAUGCACUCGGCCGCGCGAGCGGGACUCUCCGAACCCGAGCCUUUCUCAAUCCGAGGGUCGAAGCGAGCAAGAGAUCCUAGCACGGUCAAGUGCGGAUGCUUCGAGGACCAUUGAGAUUCUUCAGAACAGAGUUGUGCGGCUCGAAGCUGCGCUUGUCGAGGCCAGGGAGUCGCUAUUUCGGCCGCGUACCUCGCCUUUGGACAGUGACAUACGCGACUCCUCUUUCUCCCCGGCGAAGUCAAUAACAGUCGACAGAAUGCCUGUUUCCACGGGUCGCUCCGUGCACAUUGAACAAGAUAUAGACACAAAUCCAAAUCCAAAAGAGGUAGAAGACGCCGCAACAAUACUUGAAUUUCUGGCUUGGGGUCGGCGCAAGGAUCCUACCUACCAGGAUGAGAUUGUCAGGCGCAACAACUUAGACCACUCCCCGGGAGAUGUUCACACCGAAGAUGAUUGGGACGAUAUGCGCAUGUCAGGACCUUCGGCUGCUUCUCUGUGUCAGGUUCUACUUCCCAAAAGACAAAAGGUCUACCAAUUAGCAAAAUACCACUGCGAGUGCCUGCUUUGGUACCAUGGAGCAUUUCAUGCAGCUACCUUCCUCCAGGAGCUAGACGAAUUCUAUGAGAAGAGAGAUGGAAAGGUGGAUAGCCCCGGUAUCGACCUGCAGUGGAUUUCCUUCCUGUUCGCAGUCCUCACGGGAUCAAUGGCUUGUGCGCCAAGGUCGAUUGCACAGGCCUGGGGUUUUCGUGACAAAGAGCGAGAUACCUUGUCCAAGCGAUGGUUGAAGGCUUCGAUAACAUGUUUACAUCAGGCUGACUAUAUGGCCAAUCAUUCAAUCUACUCACUGGAAGCCAUCGCCAGUCUCACCAUCUCAGCCCACAUGCUUGGCCAUUCCAAUGGAUUCUCUGUACUAUUGGCAUCGGCCGUGCGAAUAGCCCAAGGGCUAGGACUUCACCAACUUGGAAAUGACGACACUUCACAGUCAUUCGACCCGGUGAAAAGGGAGAUCGGUCGCCGCGUCUGGUGCCAGCUCUGCAUUCAAGACUGGUUCUCCAUUCCAUAUACCGAGAGUUACUUGAUCCAUCGAGCAUGUUUCACCACAGAGAGGCCCUUAAACUGCGACGAUGACAUGAGCAAUCUUUCAGAAGACCACCCCACCGUAACAAGCCACUCACGCCUAAAAUACAAAAUUGCGGCCCUAAUGCCGGAUCUUCAAGACGAUAUGACCUCCUGCAAUACUCAUUACACUCGAUACGAAGAGGUGCUCAAAUAUGACCGCCGACUACGCACCUUAGCCACCCAGCAUCUACCAUACUUCUUGCAAAAUGUUCCCUUGGACCCAUCUUGGCCAUGCUACGUUGAAUGGGCUCGGAGAAGUCUGGCCAUCAGCUCUGCUCACAAGGCCAUCAUGAUUCAUAGGAAGUUUUUGAGUCUGAGCUUCGCUAAUCCUAUGUUUGAGUUCACUCGGAAAACCUGUGUUGCUGCUUCGAGAACGAUCAUUAAAGAACAAAAGGAAGCUACACGUAAUGGUGGGCCUAUAUUGUGGAUUCAUCAAGCAUUUAGCGUCACUGCAAGUAUCAUAUUGUGCCUAGACAUGUUCCAUCAGCCUCGACCAGAUCGUCAGGCUUCUGAAAACCGCCAGUUGAUCGAAGAUGGGAUUGAGAUUUUAUCCCAUUGUGAGACUGAUAUGAUCGCACAACGAGGCGUGUCUCUUCUUCGGGCGAUGCUUCAAGCUGAUAAAAGGGGCCACCGAGAGAGCGGAGCCGUAAGUGAACUACAAGAGCCACGGCUUCUACAUGAUACUACCAAAGAAAACGGCUUAGACAUUGCUGCCAUCAUCCAAACGUUCUACCGACAGGAUCGGGCAAGUGUCACCGGUCACUGCCGAACGGUUCUUGGCGGAUCAUCUCUUGCAAGAGCUACAGGACAUGGUCGUUGGCCCGAUAGCACCAAUGAUGUCUCGGGAGUCAUGCCCAGUGUUGAUCUUAUGAUGCCUUUGGGAGUUGAUUAUGCGGAGGGCUUGGAUGAUAUUCUGAGUUUGGCAACAAAUUACCUCAACUAG